UCGCCAUCCACCACUGCCGGUCAUCGACGACGAGCAGAAGAUCUGGUAUCGGGCGAGGACAAGCCAGUGAGGAGAGAGAGUGUGUGAGAGAGGAGCGGCCAUAGGGAGAUCGACUGUAGCACGCAGUUGCCCCUUCCUACUUCUUGCCUAGGACAUCGAAAGAAGAUUUUCUGCCCAAAGCAUCCCAUUCAUCUACGGGCCUCAGCCUCGUCCUCUUCUCUUGAACCACUGCCGCUGCUGUAGCUGCUGUUGUGUAGUAUCCCAAAUCAUCGCUUCUGCAUCUCACACCUUGUACCUUGGUUCAUGAUGGAGGGGGCAGCGACGCGCCACAGCACCAGAACCAAGAAACCUAGCGUCCGGGCAGAGGAAAUGAUGAACACGUUGGCAAUGGAACGCGGCGCUGCUCCGUCCUCUACCCAGGGUACUGCGGAGACGAAGAAGGCAAAGAAGGCGACCGGGAGUGCGGGUGGCACUUCCACCGCAAAACGUGUUGCUGGUCGGAAAGGGACUCAGGAGAAGGAUCAUGGCGAGCAGUCACCAAAAGCAAAGGACGCAGGGGGUGAUGUUGAGAAUCACGAUAGCGAGGAUGGCGAGAGCGAGCAAGAGAGCGAGGAGGAGGGAGAAGGAGAAGAUGAGGAGGGCAACAACGACGACGACGGCGGCGAGUACGACGACGAAGAGGAAGACGUGGCAAAAGAUGACGCCGAGACAUACUGUGUCUGUAAGGGUCGCGAUGACGGGUCCCCCAUGGUCUGGUGCGCAGAGUGUGGCGACUGGUUCCACUUUCGUUGCGUCGACCUGUCCAAACGUGACGCCCAAAAGCUCCUUGAAUAUCGAUGCCCGUCAUGCACAAAGAGUACUGGAAGAAUAUCCAAAACUAUCGACGACGAAACACAGGCCAGCAGUGGAGACCGAACGUCGAGAUCAAAAUUCAACAGAGAAGAGGCGCCAACGAACAAGAGGAAAACCUCGAUGGAAGGUAGCCCGGACUCAAGGAGGGACUCGCUAUCAAAGAAGAUCAGGAGCUCCCCCGACAAAGUUCAAUCACCCACGGCGCGAAAUGCAGGCUCGCCGCCCACUGCAGUCACGGCUCGCAAGACUUCCAUUGGGACCGGAGGGAGCCAAGCCUCGACAAAGUCGGCCAAAGCGCAGACAGAUGCAGUGCGCAAGCAUGCCACGCAGCAGUUUGCUGCCAUAUUUGAAUCAAUUUUUUCAUUGGGAGAAAGCAGCGAUCCUAUUACGGAGGCCGCAGAGUACACAAAAGAGCUCGAAGAGGCCCUCUUCGAUCGCUAUGCCGAGCCAGUGGCCCAGACGACGGUUCGGCUGGCCGGCAAGGCCUACAAGGACCAGCUGAGGGCAUUUAUCUUCAACCUCAAGGACCAGACCAACACGACGCUGCGCCAGCGUAUAUCGUCGGGCGCACUGGAGGCCAAACAAUUGGCCGCUCUGUCCAACGCCGAGCUGGCCAACGACAAGAUUCGAGAAGAAGUCGAGAGACGGCGAAAAGAGAACUUGGAGCAAAGCAUCCUCAAGAAAGAAAAGGCUCCUCUUCGAAAGAUUACGCACAAAGGAGAAGUCGACAUCGAGUACGACCAGGGAGCUGAGGCGCACCUCGCAAAGGAGAGGGAAGCUCGGCUGAGAGAGCAAGAAGAACGGGCGGCCAAGGAGAGGCGAGCGCAGGCAAAGAGCAAGAAGGAGAAAGCAGAGGCGACCGUCGCAACUCACACGACAGCAAAGGAAGGCGGAGAACAGACGAGCGAGGAGCGAUCCCCCUCCAAAGUCCCUCAAGCAGGGAAGCCUCCAGCGACACCAUCGACGCCCUUUGAUUUUUCAGCGGUGUGGAACGGCGAACGAGACGAGGGACAAGAAGGGUCAGAAGACGUGGGACAAGACGAGGAAGUCGAAGGAGAAGAAAUGGAAAUCGAGGAUGAGCAGGCACCAGAAGGUGAUGACGGCCACGAGCAAGGUGAUCCAAACGCGCCAGGAGAGGGUAUGGACAACUUCAUCGAUGACUUCCUCAAUAUGCAUGAAGAAUCAGGCAGCGUUGCGCCCGAAGAGCAGGACGACACAAACCAGCAGACAGAGCCUGAGAAUGUCGAUCUGACAGAGGAGAAAGACGAAGAGACAAAUCCAAUUGUAUGGAAGGGUGCCAUUUCGAUGCCUGACGAGGGCAUCUUCACCGUUGCAGCACGUCAAGUGGGCGGCACUGCAGUAGGUACGGACUCGCAGGCCUGGAGCUUUUUCUUCCCUUCGACGCACUCCAUCAUCGAAGGACGACUGCCUAGCCCAACCGCAGCAAGCUAUCUGGAGCAAAGCCGCACUGCGCUCCGAACCGAGCUUGUCGUCAUGAAGCUCGACCCGUUUCUGGAGACAGAUGUUCUCACUACAGCAGCUGCUCAUCACCAGCUCCAGGUACCCUCGAAUGGGGAGGAAAAUAAAACUGCCUUCGAAAGAAUGAUCGCCUACUUCCAUCGUCGCGACCGCUACGGUGUCUUGCCCUGCGAUGCUAGCGUCCGAGGCCGUAUCAUCAAGGACUUUUACAUUGCCGCCCUGCCCAGGGACGCGCCUAUCCCGACCUGGCUCGAUUUGAUGAACCUCGACGAAUUUGCUGGGCCCAAGUCACAGAGCAGGACCAAGGACAUUUUCUUGCUCGUUGCCGUGCUUUUUAAAGGUACACUGCCCAGACCCAAGGCGCCCGAGCAGCCGUCACUGUCAACUGGCUCUCUGCAAGAUCUCCUCAAGGCCAUUAAAGGAGGUGGCGAGACGACGACACCGGCUCAGCAGCAGAACAUCGAUGCACUCUCUGAGAUGCCCAAGCCUCAGCUCGAAACUAUGCUUAUGAACAACCCAGGCUUGGUCGAUCAGCUGCUGGCAAACUUGAACCCGGGCAAGAGCCCGAAUCCAGCUGGUUCUCCUUCGACGCCCCCCGGACCUCCCCCUGGGCCACCUCCUGGACCUCCGCCAUCGAGGCCACUGGGUGUCAUGGACAUGCCUCUGUAUGGUCAGCGACCUCCUCAGCCACAGCAGUACGGAGCAGGCGCCCAAGGAGGCCCAGGAGGUCCCGGAAGCGCCUACGGCUGGCAACAGCCGCCUCCCCAACAACCACCGCAAGCUCCUUUCAAUCAGUAUGGCAGCGAGAAUCAGUACGGUGGGGGUGACGAGAUGGACGCGUGGAGACCUCCUGCAUCCUACCUCGAGGAGGAGGCCAAUCGAAGCAACUACAAUUACAGUGGCGCGGCCGAGUUUGGAGGCGGAAAUACCAACUGGGGCCAGCCACCAUACGGCGGCGGCGGUGGCGGCGGCGGCGGUGGUGGUGGUGGUGGGGGUAUGAGAGGGGGCAUGCGCGGUGGCUUCAGGCCUCCCUUCCGUGGCGGUGGGGGAGGUGGCGAUCGAGGAUGGAGAGGACGAGGAGGUGGGAGUCGAGGUAAUUUCAGGGGAAGAGGUCGUUAGGAUUGAAGCUUGUAACCAUAUAUCCCCUUCUUCAUCAUCUCUCAACACUGUACCAACAUCAGUAGCAGCAACAGCAGCAGCAUCAUUUCAUAGCAUCGAUACCUAUGCUGUGCGCAUGGGUCUCUAUCUGAUGUGACUGUAUUGAUGUGAAGCGUGUGCCUCUAGAGUACAUGAUGCUUUGCUCUGCCGUCGCGCUGUCCAUAUAGUCGUUUCCCUACCACUUAGUCUCGGGGUCCUUCAGAAAUUCCUCGUAGUCAUCUCUGUUGAAGAAGCUCAGUUCUGCCUCGUUUUCUGAAUAGCGAUAAAUGUUCGAAUGAAUUAAUACAAGCGUUUCGUGUGAGCAUGUGAGCGUACGUCGCCUGUGGUCUUUGUGCGAUGGAGACUCACCCAGGCCGAGCUCCUGGAGCUUCUUGGAACCGUCAUUGAGAAUCCAAUCUGUGUGGUCGAGAUUGAUGAUGAGAUUAGUCGUC